GAAAAAAAAGAACCCUUAGCGUUCACGGCAGUGAUCCAGAGCUUGAGCUAAUUUGAAGCUGGCUCAUACAUCCACAUGGGUGCUACCACAGCUUUCAGAAGCUCCGUCAGAAGGGGUUCACAAAUCAAGCUUUUGGCAGGUUGCAGGCUGGGUCUCAUUCUCACCUCCACCUCGGUGCCUCAGGGGACGCACUGUCUUCUCCAGCUGAAGCGCACAGGUAUGCCUUUGCUUGCUUCCCUCAGUCGGCUCUGCUCAUUUCCAGCUGAAACACUUGGCUGUCUGAAACCCAGGUUUUGUGUUGGCAAGUCUCAGGGUCCUCCAGCAGUACCAGUCUGAGUUUCACGGGCAGGCAUGAGGCUGGGGCUGGCCAUCCUGUUACACCUCAUGCUGAUAAGACUCCAGCAAGCACAGGAUGACUGUGAUGCUGGGUCCUGCCACCCGGCCGUUGGGGACCUCCUCUUGGGUCGCAGCAAGCAAUUAACAGCCUCGUCAACCUGUGGAAUGAGCAGCCCUCAGAAGUACUGCAUUAUAGGCUACCUAGAGGCUGAACAGAAGUGCUUUCUCUGUGACUCCAGAUACCCCUAUAAUCCCUAUAUGCAGCACAACAGUCACAUGAUUGAAAAUGUUAUCACAACUUUUGAGCCUGAUAGGAAAAAAAAGUGGUGGCAGUCUGAAAAUGGCAUUGACCAUGUCAGCAUUAGAUUGGACCUGGAAACUUUGUUCCAGUUCAGCCAUCUUAUCCUGACUUUUAAGACAUUUCGGCCUGCAGCAAUGCUGGUUGAGCGCUCCACCGACUUUGGUCAGACCUGGAAAGCGUUUAGAUAUUUUGCACAGGACUGUGCAGCUUCUUUUCCCAAUGUCUCUUCUCGUCCAGCAAAAGGUGUGGGAGAUGUCGUUUGUGAUUCAAGAUACUCAGACAUCGAGCCCUCCACUGAAGGCGAGGUUGUUUUAAAAGCUUUGGAUCCCAGCUUUGAAAUAGAAAAUCCCUAUGUGCCAUAUAUCCAAGAGCUCAUUACAUUGACAAACUUAAGGAUCAAUUUUACUAAACUCCACACCCUCGGGGAUGCUCUGCUUGGAAGAAGGCACAGUGAUCCCCUUGAGAAGUACUACUACGCUGUUUACGAGAUGGUUGUGCGGGGUAGCUGCUUUUGCAAUGGCCACGCCAGCCAGUGUGAGCCUGUGCAGAAUCUGCGGGGAGAUGUGUUCCAUCAGUCUGGGAUGGUCCACGGGAGAUGUGUCUGCCACCAUAACACUGAAGGUUUGUCUUGUGAAAGAUGUAAAGAUUUCUACAAUGAUGCUCCCUGGAGGCCAGCUGAAGGGACACAAGAUAAUGCUUGCAAAAGGUGUAACUGCAACGGCCACUCUGGCAGAUGCCACUUUGACAUGGCCGUGUACCAGGCCAGCGGUGGGGUCAGCGGUGGUGUCUGUGAGGACUGUCAGGACAACACCACAGGGCAACACUGCGACCAGUGCAAACGUUUCUUCUACCGGGAUCCACUCAAAGUCAUCUCAGACCCCCAGGCGUGCCUCCCCUGCAACUGUGACCCAGAGGGCACGUUGCACAGCGGUGUGUGCGAGAGCCACACAGAUCCUGCUCUGGGAACAGUCGCGGGACGGUGCCCUUGCAAGGAGAACGUGGAGGGUGCCCGCUGCGACAGGUGCAGGGCCAACUACUACGGGCUGAGCGGCAGCGACCCUCUGGGCUGCCAGCCCUGCGACUGUGAUCCCUCUGGCAGUUUGCCCUUCUCCAUCUGUGACCCUGCCACAGGAGAGUGCCUCUGCCAGCAGUUUGCCACCGGGCGACGCUGUGAAAAAUGCCUCGUAGGAUACUGGGGUCUUGGCAACAGCUUGUAUGGUUGUUCUCCAUGUGACUGUGAUAUUGGUGGAUCCCAGAAUAACUUGUGCUCACCAAAGGAUGGUCAAUGCAAGUGUCUUCCCAACAUCGUGAGCCGCCAGUGUAACGAGCCAGCCCCAGGCUACUUCUUUUUACCCCUGGAUUAUUAUAUCUAUGAAGCUGAGCAUGCAAAGCCCCUUUCUGGCUCUGCGCCCUUGGUCAAACCAAGCACUCUUCCAAGGUGUGACAUUUACUUCCAGAAGCAAGGCUAUGAGUUCACAAUUGAAAAUGGAAAGAUUGUGUUAAACAGGAGCAAGAAACGAAGUGUAAGAAAAUCUGGACUGGAACAGGGUGUGAUGCAGUCUGGACAGGACUCGGCCGUGGCGGUGGUUUUCAGGCAGCCCAGCGCCGGUCGCUCUGUCACAUGGACGGGACCCGGCUUUGCCCGUGUCCCCAGCGGAGCUGGGCUGAGGUUUGCCAUCAACAACAUUCCCUUUGCUAUGGACUUUGAUAUCACCAUUCGUUAUGAGCCUGAGUCCUUGGAAGACUGGCUGGCAAGUGUUGCUGUCCAGCCUGCUGGUAUUUUGUCGAGUCAACGCUGCAAAAACAAGGGCCUUUCACAGGAGCCACAUGCGUUGCCUCUCCCAGCUAUGAAGAGGAUUGCACUUCUGCAAACUCCAGUCUGCCUGGAGCCGGGAACACAAUAUUCUGUGGAUGUGUAUUUUUCUCAGCCCUCUGCUUCUGACCCAAAGGCAAAAUCAUUCAUCUUGAUUGACUCACUUGGACUUAUUCCCAGAAUCGGCUCCGUGGAGAACUUAUGCAGUGAAAUGGAUUUAGAUGAGUAUCAGAAGUAUCACUGUAUUGAGAUUGCAUCAGAAGUUGGACCUCAUGUCCUGCCCGAAGCGUGCACAAGGCUCAUAGUGAGCAUGUCAGCCCGUAUUCACAACGGCGCCAUCGCCUGUAAGUGCAAUCCCCAAGGAUCGCUGAACACCAGCUGCAGUAAACUGGGGGGCCAGUGUGAGUGCAAAGCCAACGUCGUGGGACGCUGCUGUGACACCUGCUCUGCGGGCAGCUACGGCUUUGGCUUCCACGGCUGCUACGCAUGUGAGUGCCACCCGCAAGGCUCGCUGAGCACGCUGUGUGACCAGGUGACAGGGCAGUGCUCCUGCCGCCGGGAGGUGGAUGGUCAGCGCUGCAACCGGUGUCUGGCUGGGUAUUUUGGAUUUCCCCACUGCCGUCCUUGCCCAUGCAAUGGCUACACGGAGCUUUGUGACCCGGUGACCGGAGUGUGCCUCAACUGUCGCGGAUUUACGGCUGGAAACCACUGUGAAAGGUGCAUGGAUGGCUAUUACGGAAACCCUCUGAGCGGAGAACCCUGUCGCCCGUGCAUGUGCCCGGGGGCUCCUACAAGCAAUAAGUAUUUUGCACGUUCCUGUUACCAGGACUCCCAGUCUGCACAACUAGUCUGCAAUUGUCUCGAGGGGUAUUCAGGCAACCAGUGUGACGAGUGUCCUAGUGGGUUCUACAAAAACCCAGGCAGCCCUGGGCUUGAGUGUGCACCAUGUCCCUGCAAUAACAACAUCGACGUGACAGACCCAGAGUCCUGUAACAGGGUCACCGGGGAAUGCACCAAGUGUUUACACAACACCCAUGGAACAAACUGCCAGUUCUGCAAACCAGGGUAUUUUGGCUCAGCCCUCGAUCAAAACUGUCGAAGGUGCACGUGCAAUCUGGUGGGUGUUCGCCCUGCCAUGUGCCCAGGUGGGGACGCAGCCUGUCUGUGUGACCCAGUCACAGGAGCUUGCCCUUGUCUCCCCAACGUGGUAGGCACAACAUGUGACCAGUGUGCCUCUGGCUACUGGGACCUGGCUAGUGGAAAAGGAUGUCGGAUCUGUGACUGUGAUCCAAAAAACUCCCGAAGUAACCAGUGCAACCAGCUUACAGGCCAGUGUCCAUGUAAGACAGGUUACAGCGGAAGAUGUUGCAAUGAAUGUGAGGAAAAUUUCUUUGGCAAUCCCCAGAUGCACUGCGUUUCGUGCGAGUGUAACCUGGAGGGAACCAGCCAGCCCAAGUGUGACAAAGUCACCGGCGCCUGUAACUGCCGCGCCGGCGUCACUGGCCGGUUCUGUGACCAGUGUGGCCGCGGCUUUCAGAAAAACUUUCCCUCUUGCCAUCAGUGUCAUCUUUGUUUCGAUCAGUGGGACACUGAAAUUGCUGCCCUCACCCAGACUGUUCAGGGGUUAAUGAGGUUUGCUGCAAAUCUCGAAGAUAAAGGAGGACGAAUGCCCAGCUGCGACAUGCGCUUCAAAGCCUUUGAAGAUGCCAUUUCUGAAAUUGAAAGAAUUUUGAGACACCCUGUUCUUUCACUGGAGGCCCUCUCAGGCAUCAAGGAUUUUCAGGGCUACAUUCAACAAAAAUUUGCGCAAAUGGAUCCUCUUCACAGUAGGCUGUAUGAGUUUCCUGACCUUAACAAGAAUAUAGAAGACAUUGGGGAAGAAGCUGAUCUAGUGUAUGAACUUCUGCAACAGAAAAUACACCUGCAUCAAAGUUUUCAUUACUUGAGCCUCAAAGAGGCCAUCAGCAACAUUAGGAAACACUUUGAAGUAUCGCUGCUGGCAGAACAGAAGAGCAGUGGGACAAUCCCUAUUGUAAGAUACUCAGAGUACACCAGGAACCAGGCGCUCGCUAUGUUGUUGGGCCAUCAGGCCUUGAACACAAACAAUGUGCUGGAACAGCUCAAGAAGAUCAAGACCCCCAACAUCCAAAACUUGAAUGAAAAGAUCUGUGGUGUGCCAGGAGACCAGCCCUGUGUCACAGCAGCCUGUGGGGGAGCUUUGUGCCGGGACAAUAAUGGACUCAGGCAGUGCGGUGGCCCAAACUGCAGUGGAGCUUUUCCUCUCUCCACUGAUGCCUUCAGGAAAGCUGAGGAGACUGCUGUGUUGCUAAACAACUUGACUACUCAGCUACAGGAACCUGAAACUCAGGUUGAAAGCAUUAGAAAAAUGGCAGAAGACAGCAAGUUGAAAGGCUCACAAUUUAAUGGGCAACUGGAGAGGGCUAACAAUCAAAUUGAAGUUGAUGGAGAGAUCACUAAGAAGUUCAUCAGAAAAGUGAAAGACUUCUUGUUAGAUGAGAGCGCACCUCCAGAAGACAUUGAGAAGGUGGCGAAUUAUGUUCUGCAAAUAAACCUUCCCCUGACUCCACAAGAGCUCACGGACAUGCUUGGCAAAAUCCGAGGCAUUAUGAACAACUGUGAGAAGUACAAACUGAAUGGAAAUAAGAGAAACAGAAAAAGGGAGGAAGCUCAGACGCUGCUGGUGGAGGCACAAGAAGCCGACAAAGCAGCUAAGGCUCUUCCACCUGUGGAUGAAAUUAAUAGUAAACUUAAAAAUGUUGUGAAGUCCCAAGGACACUCCAAAAACACCUUCAUAAAGUUAAAUGAAGAGAUACGAGGCAUCAGAACACAAAUCUCACAGGCUGAGAACCAAGUGAACAAGACAAACGACGAACUAAAUGACUUGUCAGCAAAACAGUCUGAGGUGGAAGAUGAAAUUGCCACAUUGCAGGCAAAAAUGCUGAUGAACAAGAAUCAAGCUACAAAGGCAAGAGCAGGGGCAGAAGCAGCACACAAACAAGCCCAGAAUAUUGAUAAAGAAUUUGCUGACAUUAAAAGAAAGUACACCACUCUUCAAGAAAAGCUAAAAGCUCGAGGACCUCCAAAAGUAACACUAGAAAAAGUGAAGCAGCUGAAAGAAGAAGCAGAAAAACUGGCUGAAGAGACUGAAAAAAAAAUUAAAAGAUUAACAGAUUUGGAGAAGAAGCUUCAGGACCUGAAUCAAACCAAACAAGACAAGGCAGAGCAACUCAGACAACUAGAGGAACAAGUGAUAGCCAUUAAAAAUGAAAUAACAGAGCAGGAAAGCAAGUAUGCAACAUGCAAAAGUUAGGAUCUGAGCAGACCAUCAGGUAAAAUGCAACUGAAGUCUCCGUGCUUACCAUCUCCUGAGCUUCCUGGCACAUUUACAGAGGAGGAUUGUCCUCUGUAAAUAAGUCUGAAGGUGCCUGUAGUAUCUUGGCACAGUGAAUAAUGUAAUUUUCUCUUGGU